UUAACUAAUUGGCAUCCAGGAAGAGCCGGCUAAUUUAUAAAACCUCUAACAGGUGCUGAAGGAGUAGUGGAAAGUUAGUUGUGCUUUGGGAUGUAAUUAGUUUCAAAAAUGAACAGUUCAGCACCACCUCCUGAAAGUGGGCAGUAUGCCACAUCGCAGCAAAGGCCCUUCUUUUAUGCACAACCAACGGCACAACUACCUUUCCCAAACCCUUGGUACCUUGCCCAACUUUACAAUCCAUACUGCAUCUCUGGACCAGGUUACCGGGGGGGUAAUCCAUAUAUGCCCUAUUAUUCGGUCCCACUUCAUGAGUAUCCUGGAUUUUAUGUCCCUCAACAGCAAAUGAACUUGCGAAUGAACCGAAGACCUUAUUUUAAUCCUCAUCCACCAGCCCCCAUGUUUUACCAUGCCACACGAUUUAGGCACUACGCCAGUCCAGGGAGAAGAACUGAAACAAAAGAAACACAGACAGAUCCAAGGCAGCCUGAAUAUAUACCCAAAAAGCACCCAGGUACAGAAAGGGAAGACUGUGAUAAAGGAAAUGCAGUUUCCCAUUCAUCUGGCAUCAGCACAGAGAAUGGACACCUCCCGGAGACUGCUGAAACGACAAUGUCUCCAGUGACGGCAAUGCCAGAAAGAGACUUUGUCAAAAAUGCCUGCAAUUCAGCACAGUAUCGAAAUAUGCCUCCAGGAAGCUUUGCAUAUGAGAAAGAGGAGGUAAGAAUAGAGUAUGGAAGUGGUUCUCCUGCUGCCAUACAGAUGUGGAAGUCUUAUAAAGAAACUAUACCAAUAUAUGAUGUGGCAGUAGUUAAAGAGAUACCAGAAAAUGUAGUGCAGCGUGAUCUAUUUUGUGAGGGUGUAUUGUAUGGCCCCCACACUGAAGAAAAUAUUGCAGUGCAGAGCAUAUCCUUCACAAACACAGAGGAGCGCAAGCAGUUGCCACCUCCUAAACUCUGCCUUGAUGAAGUGCAUGAAACCGAAACCCAGACUUUUGUGCAAGAUGGUGAACCAAGGCCAGAAUCGGCUAAGCAAGAUAAACAAAACUCAAGACCAAAAAUUCCACUAGAGGGAGAAUCUCAGUCUAUUCUUGCUGAACAUGUUGAUGCUGCAUGUACUGUUUAUGAUGUCCACCAAGCAAUUCACGAUUCAGAGGAAACUGAUACAUCUGAAGAAGCAAGUGAAGAGCUUCUAGUUGGACUGGAUACAUGUCCAGAAAACGUGACUCAAAGCGAGUCUGUAUGUAAUGGAGAAAUAAAGGUGGCAAAUGCAAGUGUAUGGGUAGAGGACUCUGUUCAAAAGUUUAUUCCCUCGCCAUCCUGGGUGGCCUGGAUUGAAAAUCAAGAAACAAAUUAUGACUAUGAUGUGUAUAUGUCUCAGAGAAGGCAAAAGCGCCCCAGUAUAUUGAGCAUUACAUCAGAUGAGCUUUCAUCUAGAGAUGAGGGCUCGUCCAUGGAUAAUGGUUCAGUUUCUUAUUUUGUGCCAGAUUAUAUGCUUCGAAAAGGCUUGUACGCUUUCCGACGAAGUGCAGAGAGCUCAGAAAAGGAGAAAAUUCAAAGUGGUGGCUCUCUGAAAGAGGAUGACGUUCCAGUGAAGCAUGCCAGCAGCCGGUAUGAAAAAGGCUGCGGCCCUUCUAUUGGCCAAAACGUUAAAGGUGUUUCUAGCAGGAGCCGAAAAAUUGGAGUACCCAUUAGAGACUUAAACAAGAGAAAACUCUACUCUGUAAAAAAGAAACCAAGAAAGAGUCAAUCUUUGUCUGAACCUGAAGAUUCGGAAGAAUAUUGGGUACUGGAGGAAGAAAACUUGCACAAAUUUGAGAAAGAUGAGACAGAUGAAGAAUAUUAUUUUGAGGAAGAUCGACCAAAUGAGCAGCUGGACUUUUGUAAAACCAACUUCUUUAAGCAGAUUGCUCAGCAAAGGAUUUUGUGGAAACCACCAAAAGGAGCCUUUCCGGCCCAUCUUGUUGGGUGGCCUGUCAGAGAAAAGCUUAAAGUAAAGAAAAAGAGUUUAACUGAAACUCUUGAGCAGGCACAUAAACUUAAAGCAUGUGACUAUGCAAAGUAUGAGAAGCCUGAGAGAGGAUACAAAGAGGUGACCGACCUGAAGAAACCUCAGCAUAAAACAGGUGGAAAAUCCCAAAAGAAAACCUCUGGGGCAACUGUUGAAGAGUACUGGGUUGGAAGAGGUGCUAAGCCCAAAUUCACAGAACCUGCAUAUUAUCUGCAAGAUACAACCAAAAGCCAAGAGCAAGGUAGUGUAUACAAGCCUCCAAAAAAGAAAGGAACGCGCAAGUCUUCUUCUAAAAGAAAACAAGCAAGAACUGAUACAGAGGAGAUAGAAACAUGGGAAAUCCCCAGAUCCUUCUUGUAUAGAGGUCAUGGCUUAAGGAAGGGUGGCACAAGGAAGAAGUAGCACAUCUGCUGUAUAUUGUGUAAUUAAAAAAAAUGUUAAUGUAUAUUUAUUUCUUUGUGAGAGUGAGUGUUGCAUGAAACAAUGUUUUACUCCUGAGAGGGAGUCCUACCUACCCACAAAUUCUUUUGUACCUUGUUAUGCACCGGAGAGUGAAAUUGAUGGCAAAUAGUCUGAAGGAAUGGGCACAUUUAAAUUAUUAUAAAGGAUUGUCAAAUUUAAGAACUGAAAAUGAAAUAUUGUCACGGAAUUAAAAUUGCACGCAUAAAAUGUAAAAAAACACAAUUCACAAAUUUAAUAGCAAAAUAAAGGUUAAUAAUAGACUUGUAAAA